UCGGGAGUGACUCGACGACACUCUUGAUGCCUUCGCAACCGGUCGCUUUGCGGGUGACCGUCCUUCAUUCCGAGGCACAUGCGAAAGUCGAUAGUCCUCCUCUUCUUUAUUCUUUUGAGGAUUAUGCUGCCUGGCUCAUACCUACGGUGGGUACUCAAGCUCAAGGACAAGACGUGUGUGCGGCAUCUUCUCCGUCCGGGAGCAGCGACUUAUCGGCUUCAAGUGGUUCCUCACGGGAUUUGGCGCACGAGUUCAACAUAGAGGUAUUGGACCCGCUCACGUCUGAGGAUUUCGCAUGGCUUCCUCUCCCGACCAAGGACCUCUUGUCGAGACCACAAUGCGCAACAUUAUGCGCUAAUCUUCACACGUACUUAUCCCUCUAUGCACCACCAACUUCGCCGACGGAUGACGAAGACGCGGUGGGGUACAUCCUUGCGUAUGUCACCAAGAUGGCCCGCGAGUUUCGCAAUCAGCGGUACGAUGACAACAACUCACCGCUCGUCUAUGUCCGCAUCCAAGUUGGGCAGGCGUCCUGCAGCGCUUUACUGGAUAGCGGCGCGUCUCGCAAUUUUAUGAGCCAAACCGUUAUGCAAAAGGCUGGCCUUGGCGCACAAGUUCGAAGGAAGACAAACCCGACGGUGAUCAAGUUGGCGGACGGAAGGAUGCAGCAAAUUAUCGACCGCUACAUCGAGGUCACGCUCCGCCGCGCCAAGUACAAGGCUAACCGCGACAAGUGCGAAUUUGUCCGGCAAGAGCUGGAAUACUUGGGCCAUUUUGUCACACCGGAGGGCAUCAGUCCGCUAUCGGACAAGAUUCAAGCCAUCAAAGUGUGGUCGAAGCCACGAAACGUCACGGAUGUUCGUUCGUUCCUUGGCCUCGCCGGCUACUACCAGCGUUUUAUCAAGAGGUACUCGAAGAUCGCGGCCCACUUGACCAAGCUUCAAUGCGAGGAUCGGUCGUUGGACUUCGGAGAGGAUGCGCGGGAAUCAUUUUUGGCUCUCAAAGCCGCGCUAUUAUUUGCGGAGGUCUUGCGCAUAUACGACCCGCUUUUGCCUACGCGCGUCACUACGGAUGCGUCUGGCUAUGGCAUUGGUGCCGUCCUCGAGCAACACGAAGGCGUGGACUGGCACCCGGUCGAGUAUUUCAGCAAGAAAGUGCCCGUCGUGCACUCCAUUGACGAAGCACGCAAGAAGGAGCUCCUCGCCUUCGUCCACACACUCAAGAGGUGGAGGCACUUCCUCCUUGGUCGAAGCCAAUUCCGAUGGGUAACGGACAACAAUCUGUUGGUCUUCUACAAGACCCAAGACAACAUCAACAGCACCAUCGCUCGAUGGAUGGCUUUCAUCGACCAGUUUGACUUCUUUCACGAUCACAUUCUGGGGAAGUCGAACCGUUUUACGGAUGCUCUUUCACGGCGUCCGGAUCAUUGUACCGCGGUCUAUUCAACCUUCGAGAUCGACAACGACUUGUGAGACUGCUUCAUCCGCGGCUACCAAGCCGACCCCGA